GGAGUCAGUGCCUCUAUGCAUUGCACUGACUGCACUGGGCGUACCUGAACCUCGUCCGAUCUUCCCCUCCUUCAUCCAAUUCCAUUCUUGCUUUCCAGACACUGCAUGUCAAAAUGAGUCUGUUCGUUGCUAGCACCAGAUCCGCCUUCCGGGCUGCCGCCCCCAUCAAGAGGUCUUUCCAGACCCGCCGCUCCUAUGCGACCGAGCCUUCCAAAGGUGGCAGCAGCAGCACAAUCCUCCUCGGUGCUGCCGCUGUUGGUCUUGCAGGUGCCGGCGCCUACUUUUUCUCCGGCGCUGGUGCCGCCAAGAAGGCUGAGGCCAGCGUUAAGCAGGUAACCGAGAAGAUCACCCCCGGCGAGAUCAAGAAGGCCUUCGUCGGCGGCGACCAGGGCUGGCUCAGCCUCAAGCUCGAGGAGGUUGAGCUGGUCAACCACAACACCAAGCGCCUGCGCUUCAGACUCCCUGAGGACGACAUGGUAUCUGGCCUCCACGUUGCCAGCGCCAUCCUGACCAAGUUCAAGCCUUUCGACGCUGAGAAGGCUGUCCUCAGGCCUUACACUCCCAUCAGCGACGAGAGUGCCCAGGGUUACAUUGACCUCUUGGUCAAGAAGUACGAGGGUGGUCCCAUGAGCACCUACCUCCAUGACAUGGCUCCCGGCCAGCGCCUCGACAUCAAGGGCCCUCUUCCCAAGUACCCCUGGGAGGCUAACAAGCACAAGCACAUCGCCCUCGUUGCUGGCGGCACCGGUAUCACUCCCAUGUACCAGCUCAUCCGCGCCAUCUUCAACAACCCCGAUGACAAGACCAAGGUUACUCUCGUCUUUGGCAACAUCAGCGAGGAGGACGUUCUCCUCAAGCACGAGCUCGCCACCAUUGAGAACCACUACCCCCAGCGCUUCCGCGCUUUCUACGUCCUCGACAACCCUCCCAAGGAGUGGGCUGGUAACAAGGGCUACAUCAACAAGGACCUCCUCAAGACCGUCCUUCCUGAGCCCAAGAACGAGGAUAUCAAGAUCUUCGUCUGCGGCCCACCCGGCAUGAUGAACUCCAUCUCCGGCAACAAGAAGAGCCCCAGGGACCAGGGCGAGCUGACCGGUAUCCUCAAGGAGCUCGGCUACUCUCCCGAUCAGGUAUACAAGUUCUAAGCGACUCGGGACUUUAAUGCAUCUUGCGUGUUAUAAUAUUACCGUCUUAUUUAGCUAGAAUAGCGCGGCGUCACUUGAGUUUGCCAGUGUGGGAUUGGCUUGGUCUACGAUACUCGUGCUUGACGAGCACACGCGGCGCACAUCCUGCUGCGUAUAGAUAGAGGAUAAUAAAAGGCAACAAAACGAAAACUGAAAACAAG